UUAAAAAUAGAAUAUCAACAGUGACAACAUGGAAGUCAAUGAUCGGAAAAACUACAACAGUGAAUCUUCUACCGUCGGCACAAGUGGUAAAGAUCUACGAGCAUGUCGCCAAAGAAGCGGGGGUCGGCGUGGGGCAGGUUCAAUUGAAAUACACAGGGAAAAUCUUGAAAAAACAACACACGCUCGGAUACCUGGGUGUCUGCAAGGAGACUAUAUUGAAAGCUGAGGUAAUUCCUUUGAAGAAGAUUAAUAUAUAUGUGAAGAAGACAGGUGGAGAAACAUUGCCUCUCACCAUAGACAACACUUCCACUGUGCAGGAGAUUAAAAAUCAACUGGAAGUGAAAACUGACUCUGAGCCAGCAAAACAGAUACUGAAGUUGUCAGGUGCGCUGCUGAAAGAUAACAAAGAAACAGCCAUCGAGGCCGGGAUACACGACGAGGCUCUUCUGACUCUGGAGGUAAAAACAGCACCCGCGGAGGUUGUAGAAACAACAACAACUGUAGAUGAUACUGCCAGUGCGACGCAGAUAGAUGAAGAAAUUAGCGAAGAAGAUAGAGAGGCAGUGCUGUCCACGUUUGAUGCGGCAGGAAGGGCAGUAGAAGUCGUCUUUUCUUUCGACACCACUGGCAGCAUGUAUUCAGUGCUUACUCAGGUUAGAACAAAACUGAAAGACACAGUGACCAGACUGCUCCGAGACAUCCCAAACAUCCGUAUUGGUAUCAUAGCCCACGGAGACUACUGCGACUACAACAAAUAUGUCCUGCGAUCAGCUGACCUGACCUCUAGCGUGGACACUCUGGUGGACUUUGUCGAGACGGUGCCUGUCACAUCUGGAGGUGACACACCAGAGUGUUACGAGUGGGUCCUGAGAAAAGCUCAGCAGCUGGACUGGGCAGAAGAUUCCGCCAAGGCUCUCGUCGUGAUCGGGGACUGUGAGCCACACCCACCAUCGUACACAGACCAGAACAUUAACUGGCAUGAUGAACUGGAUGUCCUCUCUGGAAUGGGGGUCAAGGUGUAUGGAGUACAGGCCAUGAAUAACACAGACGUUAAGGAUUUUUAUCAGGAGCUAGCAGAGAGAUCAGGGGGAGCUUACAUCACGUUUCAGCAGUUUGGGCUCAUCACUGACAUGUUCUUAGCAGUCUGUUACACUCAGGCGGGCUCAGAACAGCUCCAGGCAUUCAGUGAGGAGAUGGAGAUGACCGGCAGGAUGACAGAGGAAGCCAAGGCUAUGUUCUCCCAACUAGAGGAGGUCAAGGUGAAGGAGGACACAGAGACAGAUGUGGAGAGACAUAGGGAAACUCAACAGCGGUAUAAAAAGUGUGACUGGUGGGACGUGACUUUGGACCAUGGCUCUCCUCAGUACACCUACGAUGCCCAGCGUGACACAUGGUCGCCUUUCACAGGUGAGAAAUCGUCCUCCUCGUCCUCCUCUAGCUCUUCCUCUCACCACAAUCCUAUGAUGGUGAUGUCACUCAAACGUGAGGAGGAGGAUGGCAGUGUCAUAGCUACAGAGUCAAAACCCAAAAGAUGGUCACUACGGAAAUCAUUCAGAAAAUGGUUCAGGAAAUGAACUUGUAGUUUUGUGAAAACCUAUUAAAAUAUUCUAAGACUAGAAAUACAUGGAGAGAUGACACCAGCAGCCGCAAGUGGUUUCACUUUGUUGAUGGUUCUACUUUCUGGUCAAAAUGAAACCAUACAAUGUAGCACUGUAGCUGCUUUAUAAACAUAGCAGUAUCAAAGGCAGGGGACACAGCAGAUGCUGAGUUUUAAAAAUGGUGUUUUGCUUAAAAACUGGUGCAUGUAGAUCAACAUUGAGCACAUGAAGAAAGUUUUUUUAAUUUUAAUUAUUUAAUUGGGUGUUAUGUUUAAAGAUGUUUUUGAGACAGUUAUUCGAACUGAAAACUGGUGCAUGCAUUCAUGGAGACUGCAUUAGUUAUAUAUUUAUGACUGAAAACAGGUCUGCCAGUUCAUGCAUUCAUGGAAUAUUUCUGGAACUUGACUACCUUAAUUGCAUGUGGAUGGGUCAUUUACAGAGACUGUCUACAUACCAGGGUUGAUUGAUAAGUAGUGAGCCUCAUAUAGAAGGGGUACUCAUUUUACAAGUAUUUUUCUUUAUUUUUCAACAUAGUCUCCUUGAGUAUCUAUACACUUUUGCCAGCGAGUUUUGAGAGCAUCUAUGCCACUUUUAUAGAAGCUCUUCUCUUGGCCAUUCAGAAACCCCUCCACUUCACGUAUGAUGUCAUCAUCUGACACAAAGUGAGUACCUGAAAUGGCCUUUUUCAAUUUGGGAAGUAGAUAAUAGUCAGAGGGAGCAAGAUCAGGUGAAUAAGGUGGAUGUUCUAUCAGUUCAAAGCCACACUCUUUGAUUGUAGCCAUGGCAAUGACAGACUUGUGAGUAGGGGCAUUGUCCUGGAGGAACAGUACACCUUUCCUGAGCUUUCCGCUGCCUCGUGGACAUAAACUAACCAAAUGACACCAAACUUCGGCUACAUAUGUAUACCUUUAAAUAGUCAGGGAAUAGAAGGGCUGAAAAGGGAUAUCCCUGCUUAACCCCUUCCACACGAGGCUCACUACUUAUCAAUCAACCCUCGUAUAUCAGACACUUUACUGACUGAAGAAGUAAAAUUCUUCUGUUGGCCUGCAUGAAGAGCAGAAAAAGGGGGAACACUUUGUUCUGAUCUUCCAAAGAUUACUUUUUUAAGAAAUCUGAAUGCUCCCUCUGCAGCCUUUGACUGUGCAAUUUCAUUUUUAUACUAGUAUAUUGCAUAAUAUGGCAGACCAUCUAUGGUUACGUAAUAAAACAAAACAUACUUUGAAAUGAAAUAUUAUCUUCCAAGUGUACUUUUUAAGAAAUAUAUAAAUAAAAAAAUUAGAAAUGCGCCCUCUGCAGCCUUUGACUGUGCAAUUUCAUAUGUAUAUAUAUUGCAUAAUAUGGCAGACCAUCUAUGGUUAUGUAAUAAAACAAAACAUACUUUGAAAUAAAAUAUGAUUUUAUUAA